CUUUUAACGCGCUUGAGUGACGGCGGAGAGGAACACUGAAUGACAGAAGUUUAUUCCAUUGAUGUGCAUGUGUUUAUUCAUUGAUUUCUUCUGAAUGAUUUUAUAAGAAGUUUAACGUGUUUGCUCAGUUACUUAGUGAGUGUUUGAUGAUUUGGACCCUGGACGAAACUCCCUACUGACUAACGUAUAUUUACCAUGACGAUUUCAUGGCAGACCUUAUACAUUUUAUUGUUGUUGAUGAUCACGUUGUGUGCAUCAGUUGAUGAUAUGGUGCUUAUUCCUGGUGGGAAAAUGAUGAUGGGAACCAAUGUAGCCGAUGGGAUAGAUGGAGAAUCACCAGCACGGGCUGUGAAUGUCAAGCCAUUUAAAAUUGACAAAUAUCCUGUUACCAACUCUGACUUCAGGGAAUUUGUCAGACUGCAGAAAUAUAAAACCGAAGCUGAAACAUUUGGUUGGAGUUUUGUGUUCCAGGAUUUUGUGACAGAUGAACUAAAGAGCAAAGUCACUAAGAGAAUUGAGUCUGCUCCUUGGUGGUUACCAGUCGAAAAGGUGUUUUGGAGACAGCCAGCAGGUCCAGGCUCUGGAAUCAAAGACAGAUUGAAAUUCCCUGUGGUCCAGGUUAGCUGGAAUGAUGCACAAGCCUACUGUCAGUGGAAACAGAAAAGGCUGCCAACUGAGGAAGAGUGGGAAACGGCUGCACGUGGAGGUCUUGAAGGCAGGGCAUACCCAUGGGGCAACAAGUUCAUGCUGAAUCGCACUAACCUUUGGCAGGGCCCAUUUCCAGAUGGGGACAAAGCAGAAGAUGGCUAUCAUGGUGUAGCUCCUGUAACUGCGUAUCCUCCACAGAAUAACUAUGGUCUUUAUGAUAUGCUGGGUAAUGUCUGGGAGUGGACCUCAUCACAGUUUCCUGGUGCUCAAUCCAUGUAUGUCCUGCGUGGGGCAUCAUGGAUUGACACAAUAGAUGGCUCAGCCAAUCACAGAGCUCGUGUCACUACUAGAAUGGGAAACACACCAGAUUCGGCCUCUGAUAACCUGGGCUUUCGCUGUGCUGUGAGCUCAAAGGCAAAACAGAAGACAGACAAAAUGAGAACUGAGCUUUAAAAGACACAUUUUUCAACUGGUGGUUCAUUAUAAAAUGAAUACUACAUUUCUCCUGUGGAGACAUGAACUUUUGAAA